AUGGACCGAUUCGUGAUCCGGAAGGCCUUCAGCCAGUCCACUGGUUACAGCAAGCGCAAAAGAGAAGACGAGGCAAUCGUGUCUAGCAAGAAGCGACCAGUCGGGCUCACUGACCACGAAGUCAUCCACAACGUAGUCCAGGAUAGCGACACAUUCAGCAUCACAAUGACGCUCUCGGCAACAAGUACAUGCCCGCCAUAUCUCAUCGUAUUCCACAACCUCUACCACAUGUCGAGCCAAGACACGGCCCGUGGAUUUGAUAGCUUUACUCAGAGAUAUACUGAAUCUCGGCUACUGGGUGUCCUGGAGGAGACACUACGAGCCCAAGCGAAGACAGUGUUCAGGGAGGAACAAUUUGAGCGGUUGGAGGCACUGCUGAACAUUGGUGGCGAUAUCACCAUUGACAGGGCGGGUUUCUACAUGGACGUUCUGACAGAUACUACGGCGACCGAAUGGUUCAAGCUCUAUAUCAGACAGGCAGAGCGGCUCAACGUUCGCAUCGGCUAUCACAAGAAACCAACAGUACUGCGCAACAACACGGCCCUACAUUAUCAGCUCUUGCGCAACAAUACGGCCCUACAUUAUCAGCUCUUGCGCAAGCUGGGCCGCCAUUACAACUAUGUGAUACUUGGUCUUCUGCCCAACAACCUGGCCCACGAUACUCACCUCUACGAUGCCAUCGAGAUGUACCUGGCCCUUGUCUUCCAGCUACUCCCGCCGAAAACUCUAACGAAAUAUCUACCCCCUGGAUCGCAGCUUCGGCAGCCCGAUCGAGGCUGUAUGGUAGCCAAUCCUCUGAACCAGCACCACGAUGAUGAUGCAGCACGGCGGGCUUCUUGUCAGCUUCGAGACUCGUCGGACCCGGAGGUACGAGGCCAUUACAAGGAUGCUUGUGAAUAUCUACGUAAGGUGGAGUACGUGCCAACGAUGGAGGCUAUGCGGGCAGUUUCGAAGAAGAAAGAGUUCUUUCGACCUGCUUCAAAUGAGUUCGAAAGGAUUGUUCAUGUCCGAUGCAAUACAUGCAAAGCCGAUGUAUCCAUCAAGAAGGACCCUCUGCCGGUAUACGAUCGCGAGACCAAUGCCUAUCUCGUGCGGCAACAAAGCUGCCACAACUGUCCUCUACCUGGAUCGGAAAAGGGCGAUCGCAGAGAGUUCAAGUCGACCAUGUUCUAUCCUAUUGAUGGGAGACCAACACGAAGCAUGUCAUGGCUUGGAAAGCAUAAGAAGAAGCCACAGUCAACCAACCAGUAUGCUGAGAAUAGCAAGUGGAAGGCCGCUGUGACCAAGGUGGACGAGGCACCAUGA